AUCUGUAACAGCCAGAGCCGCUCAGCCUCUGGUGAAAGCCUGAGAGUCCCAGGAGUUGACUUCUCUCCGUCGGAACCCAGCUCGCCUCUCUCUAUCUCUCUCUCCCGUGACUGCUUCUACCCAAAGGUUGCCAUCAUGAGCCUUCACAUCAAGGUCGCUUUCCUGCUCCUCGCUGUCGCUUGUCACUCCUGCAAAGGGAGCGGAGGAGAUGAUGGAGCUGUGGAUUGUUGUCUGAAUGUCAGUCACAAUGUGAUUCCCAAACGCAUCGUGGUGGGCUGCAAGGUGCAGGAUGCUUCACUGGGCUGCCGCAUUCCUGCAGUGGUGUUCAUCACAGUGAGAAACAAGAAAUUAUGUGCUCCACAGGGCCCGCGAUGGGUGAAGAAAUUACUGAAGAGAUGUCAGAGACUCCAGGAGUUGCAUGGGCAGUAAUCUCAAGCAAGGACGAUCAAGGAAGAAGUGAGAGACUGUGGAAGUGCCACAACUCCCCACUUGGAUGGUGUGUAGUCCACAGCAUCUUUCAGCUGAAGCCUCCUUUGUUUUAUGACAAAUUCUGUCAGACGAUCCCAACUAAUGUGAACAUAUUUCCGGGCAAUAAAUGUAGCUUCAAUCCACUUGUAAUGGUAAAUUCAGUCCCAGUGUCAGAGGAUGUGCAUGACUUUAUCAUUAUUACAUCCUGGAUCACUGCUUUCAGAGGCUACAAAGGGUGACUGAUGAGUGGAAUGGGAAAUCUAACUUUGCUAUACAGGAAUUGGCUGCAAUGAGGCAGGGAAGGAACUUUGCUCUCAUUCUCACAGAAUCACAGAAUCUCACAGUGUAGAAGAGGCCUUUUCGCCCAUCGAGUCUGCACCGACAUGUGAGAAACAUCUGACCUACCUGCCUAAUCCCAUUUACCAGCACUUGGCCCAUAGCCUUGAAUGUUAUGACGAUGCCAAGUGCUCAUCCAGGUACUUUUUAAAGGAUGUGAGGUAACCCACCUCCACCACCCUCCCAGGCAGCGCAUUCCAGACAGUCACCACCCUCUGGGUAAAAAAGUUUUUCCUCACAUCUCCCCGAAACCUCCUGCCCCUCACCUUGAACUUAUGUCCCCUUGUGACUGACCCUUCAACCAAGGGGAACAGCUGCUCCCUAUCCACCCUGUCCAUGCCCCUCAUAAUCUUGUACACCUCGAUCAGGUCGCCCCUCAGUCUUCUCUGCUCCAACAAAAACAACCCAAGUCUAUCCAACCUCUCUUCAUAGCUUAAAUGUUUCAUCCCAGGGAAUAUCCUGGUAAAUCUCCACUGCACCCUCUCCAGUGCAAUCACAUCCUUCCUAUAAUGUGGCGACCAGAACUGCACACAGUACUCCAGCUGUGGCCUCACCAAUGUUCUAUACAACUCCAACAUGACCUCCCUAAUUUUGUAAUCUAUGCCUCGAUUGAUAAAGGCAAGUGUCCCAUAUGCCUUUUUCACCACCCCACUAACAUGCCCCUCCACCUUCACUCUUGUACCUGUGUUGAAAUUUUCUAGACAUUAACAACUUCCAUUUGUCAAUCCGAGUCAAAGGCUCAAGGGUUGAGAUGAACUCGUCCCCAGUUUAGUACUGGCUCAUGAAAAUUAAGCUACUUCCAAAAGGAACUGGAUAAAUCUCCAGUUUGGAGGGGAAUUGGGGCUAAUGGAGACAUUGAGAUGAUCCAUAGAGAGCAAUGAGCUUCCAAGAUUAGGGAAUCCUCUACGGAGGGCACAAGGAGGUGUGAACAGAUCACGCUUGAUGUUCCUUUGCAAUCAGGAAAUGAUUAUAGAGAACUUGCUGUCACCAGGUGACUGAGGCAAAUUCUCCAAUUGGGUGGGGUCUAUGCAGGAAUUCAGGGCUGGAUCUAUAGCCCAAUAGCUCAGCUGGUAGAGCAUCAGGCUUGAGGGUCAAGGGUUGGAGUCCCAGUUUAGGUAUUUGGUUUUUCCAUUAAAAGCAGCUUGGACUGCAGCAGCUUAUGGAGCAGGUUCACCAGCACUUCCUGAGGCCUGGAUAACAAAUGUAGCCUUGUUGAAAACAUCGGCAGUCCAGGGGCAAAGUUAAAAAGAGUGGGAGUCCGUGAGAGGGUGGGGUGUGGGUGGAAAUGGCCACAAAGCUCAAUGGAGUUUUCACAUUCUAAUCUUUUUCAUUUAUUAUGGUGUAAUAUUUAUUAAGUAAUGCACAUCCUCUCGCUCAAUUAUCUGUAAAGAUUCUGUUGAUGGAAUAAAAUCUCAGAUUUCUUCA